AUGCUUCGUUAUUGGUUAUGUUUCGCGAGUGCGGUGUGUCUGGCGGGGCAUUGCGGGGCCAAUUACUGCAGGGACGCAAAUCUGUGUUGUCCCGGACGAGACAGUUCAUGUGUGGUACAAAAAGCCCACCAGAAUGCCAUAAUUGAAGAUUUAACUGACAAGCCGUGUUACUGUGAUCAUGCUUGCUUGAAGCUCGGCGAUUGCUGUCCUGAUUUCCGGGAAACUUGCGGAGUAAUCGAUUGUGUGGUCUCCGGCUGGGGUCCGUGGUCUGGUUGCGAUACCAACUGUGGAUCUGGCAGUAUGGAGCGUAGUCGAAGAGUAGUGCAAGCGCCAGCACACGGUGGAAGACAUUGCCCUUCGCUGGUUCAGCGCAGAGCUUGUCAGGAGCAUCGAGGCUGCUCUGAAGACAGUGAUGUUCCAUUAAGAGAUGAGACUGCGAUGAUUCUGCCCGGUGGAUUGUCUGUUAGCCGACAUUCAAAUGAUACUGUGGAUAUCCGCAAGAAUUUAAGGCUUCGUAACCCUGAUGAUCCUGAAUCUAAUUCACAUAGAGAGUAUUGCGCGCAAUUCGAGGUCACCAAAGUCUCAAAGGCCUGCCAUGCGGAUUCCGACUAUAAAGCAUUAAGAGAAGGAAACACGGUGUGUGUUCUCUGCGAGACUGCGGCUCUCCGGCGCGACUUAAAGUGGCGGUGCAGUGGCCAUGGAGUUGCCGGCCAUGCUACACGUUUCUACGCCUUGGUUGCCCCGCACUGUCACGGCAAAUGGGUAAAAGCACCACAGAAUCCGGACAAGAGAAGCAACUGCUGCACCAACCCUGACUUUAUUUUCGUUUAA